GAAGUAACCAAUCAAAUUCGAAUCUUAAUUUGAGCCCCAAUCUCGCCUCAAAAAGUAUUAGCUUUCACUGGCUCUUUUGUGUUGUCAAUUUCCGGUAUUUUUCAAGUACUAAGACACGCUUUUGAGAACAAACCCAAAUUUGGACUCUGUGUGUAUUUGAUCUGCUGUUUACAAUUCCAGAAACAAUUAAGUUCUGGUACAAAGGUCAUGUAACCACCAGUUCCCAAGGGUUUCUAGAUUAAAAAAUAACGCUAUUGCAUCGAUGGGUCCCAUGGUGUAAUGGUUAGCACUCUGGAUCGAGUGAUCCGAGUGCAGUUCUCGGUGGGAUUUGAAUUUAAUUUUACAUUUUAUUCUAAAUGAAUUUAUUUUCUCACAUAUAAAUAUAUGUUGUAAUUCGAGAUAUAGAAUAAUGAAAGUGGGAAUCUGAGGAAAAAUUGUAAUCUUUUACUUUUGAAUUGAAUUCAUCAGUGACAUGCGCAGAACUGUACCAAAUUCAGAGGAAAUACGCAAGAUCUCUAAAUACAAACUUUCUAACUGCAUCUAUCUUAACCCUAUAUUUUCUUUACACAGUUUAGCGAACAAGUGCCGUAAAGUUCCCCAUUUUUAUUUUCCCAUCAUUACUUAGAAUAUUAUUGAAAAAAGUGAAUGCGAAAACGAAAACGGAUCCAGCAAGGUGAACCGAAACGGUUCUAAAGUCAAACAAACGUGAGGAAUAAGCGAUCGAUUACCUAUAAAGCCACUUGAAAGAGAUUGGUCAGUUCAUGAUGAAACCAUGACGGCAUCAUCAUCAAUUUGCUAAAGCGACCAUUAAAUGUGGUUCUUCACCUUGUACAUUGAAGACAAAGAACAUUAGUAUUUUAAUAAAAAAUAUUGCACCAUUUUCAAAGGGCUUACGUUACAAACUUUCCUUAAAAGGGAUCUUAAAAGGGUCAGAAUAAAUCGAGGCAGUGUUUCUAAGAACACAACUGCCCUCGCAAAACGAUAGUCACUAAAACACAUCCGCCACUGAUCUACAAUAAUUUUUGUCAAGUGGUAUGGAGCGGAUAUUGACUCUUUCCUAGCUAAUAAUACAAGAAAAAAAAAAUUGGUAAAAAGUACUACUGUCUAUUAAUUCAGGUAAAUAUAUGCCGGAAUAGUUUAAAGAUUCGUUUUGUUAUCCUGGCUCAAGUUUAUUAUCGUAAUUAUAGAAAUGCAAAUCAGAUUUUGCUCCCAUCGCUGAAUGGUUUUCGUCUCUAUUCUUGGCAGGAAGCCCGUCUUUCAUAAUUUCAUAUUUAGAAUCUUGUCUCGUUCCCGCAGUUUGUACACCGGCGGUGUCAGGAUCUACAAAAUAAAUGCAAAUUACUGAAGUGCGAAUAUCAUAUUUUUGCUUAUGUUUUCAUUCCCAUGUUUUGAGCGUUAAAAUGUUAAUUUCGCGUGCCCUUUAAUUGCCGGACUUAUCUAAUAUUUCUUUGCGCUUAAAAGCUGGUGUCAUUUUCUUCACUUAUCAUUUGCAUUAGUAUAAAUCGUUGGACAGUCGAGACCCUCAAGUUUCGGUCAUUAGUUAAGAUGCAUGAUAAUGCAGUUCAAUUGUGAGAAACAGCAUCUGCUCGACGAUUUUGUGGUCCACUGCUAAUUAACAGUCAUAGUGGAUUUGACCUGUUCAGCGUGCGCACUGGUUAUUUUCCCGUUUAGCUGACAAAACGCCUCAGAAAAAAGGCGAAGCAAGUAGGGGAAUUGAAAGCUUCAGUUUGUGUUCAGGUCAGUGUACAAAAUAUGAAUAUUGGCGCAACACCAGUGGAUUUAGCCACUGAUUGUUCUGGAGCGCUCACCAGCUCAGAAAUUAUGGUUUUAUCUACGAUGAAUAUAAUCCUGGGGUUGUUCUCUGUUUUUGGAAACGCACUCAUUUUAGCAGCUAUUUACAAAGUUCCAACCCAGAGGACCGUGUCAAAUGCGUUUAUUGCAUCGAUGAGUUUGGCGGACUUCUCAGUCGGAUUGUUGAUGAACCCUUUGUGGGUUGCAAAGAGCAUCUUGAAUAUUUGGAAAAGCGACAACAAACUAUCGACUGGUAUAGAGGUCUUGACGAUGCAAACCAUCGUGGCAACUACCUUUAGUUUAUCUGCAGUUAGCAUGGAUCGGUAUAUCGCUGUUACAAGAAUGCGUUACCAUGAAAUAAUGACUUGGAAGCGCGUGAGAAUCAUAAUCGUUUUCAUCUGGAUGUUUUCGAUCUUGUUUGCUUCUUUGCGACUUUUCGUCACAGAUCCUCUUCAGUUGCCCAAACUCUGGCUUGCGGCGACAGUGAUCACGGUUAUUACACCUAUAACACUCAUCUCAAUCUGUUACUAUUUCAUCUUCAAGGCGGCUCGGAUGCAAAUCAGAAGAAUUUCGUUGCAGGAGACUUUUAAUUCAGAUGAAGUUAUUGUACAAGUCAAGAACCGUAAAGCAGCAUGUACAAUUGGAAUUAUCGUUGGUGUGUUUACAAUCUGUUGGAGCCCAAGUUUAGUGAUUUCCCUUGUUCAAUUCUUUACCUCUGAUCUUUGUCAGAAAACAAGAAUAAAUGGAUAUUGGUUUUGGGGAGCGUUGGCAGAAUUCAGCAACUCGGCUUUUAACCCGUUUAUUUAUUGCAUGCGAAGUCGGGAAAUUAGAAAGGCCGUUAAAAGAGCCAUUACUUGCCACUAAUCACAGUUUGUGGAGGUCAAAAUAAAAUAUAAGGAUCCUAAAACAACUGUAAUUUUUUCUUAAUUUUCUCUUUGCCAGGGAAAGUGGCUGUGGCUUAUUUGAAGCCAACUUGUCUAAAGUUUGGAGUAAAGCUUAAGUUCAUCAUUAGCAAAAACAUUGCUUAAGGGCUCUUAAAGGAGCUACGUCACGCUUGCCUCAAUUUUAGAGGUAAAGGU